GACGCGAAGACGCCCCUGCUACCUGUCGCCUUUGCUCCGAAGCGGAGCGGGCGCGGGGCUGGCGACAUCGCGGGGCGGCCCUGCAGCAGUGCGGGGGCCCGUGGGUGUGUCGCCUUCUCGGUGGUUCACUUACGUGGGGUUUCAGUGCGCCUGACAGCUGGGGUCAGGAGGACGGUGUGUGGUGUGUGUCACCGUUCCCAGGGCGUGGACCACAGCAUGAAAAAAGCAGUGUCGCUGAUAAAUGCAAUAGAUAUAGGAAGAUUUCCACGCUUGCUCACCCGAAUUCUUCAAAAACUUCACCUGAAGGCUGAGAACAGCUUCAGUGAGGAAGAAGAAGAAAAGCUUCAGGCCGCGUUUUCUCUAGAAAAACAAGAUCUUCACCUAGUUCUGGAGACCAUAUCCUUCAUUUUAGAACAGGCGGUGUAUCACCACGUGCAGCCUGCGGCUCUGCAGCAGCAGCUCGAGAACAUUCAUCUCAGACAAGACAAAGCAGAAGCGUUCGGCAGUGCGUGGUCUUCUAUGGGUCAAGAAACGGUUGAGAAAUUCAGACAGAGGAUUCUUGCUCCCCACAAGCUAGAGACAGUCGGAUGGCAGCUUAACCUUCACAUGGCUCACUCGGCCCAAGCGAAACUGAAAGCGCCUCAAGCCGUGUUACAGCUGGGAGUGAGCAGUGAGGAUUCAAAGAGUGUGGAGAAAGUUCUUGUGGAAUUCAGUCACCAGGAGUUGUUUGAUUUCUAUAACAAGCUGGAGACCAUCCAAGCGCAGCUGGACUCGCUGACAUGACGUUCUCCAAGACCGGUUUCCCCAGCACACUCCUGCCACCUCGUCGUUCUGCACGGACGAUAGACCGCCAGGUCGUGUUUUCUGAAGGAUUCAGUAGCUUUCUUCUUGUAAAUUACACGGCUUAUCACUUCUUAGAGAAAUAACCGCUGAGGGAGAUCGUUGUUUCCAGAGCUUCUUAUACACAUCCCCUUGUUCUCUGAGCCCACAGCAAAGAGUUGUUAACAGUACUUUUGCUUUAAAGGAAACAGCAGUGGGGGCACCUGGGUGGCUCAAUCGGUUAAGCAUUCACCUUAGUCUUAGGUCAUAAUCUCGCAGUUUGUGAGUUU